AUGUCGCAAGCAGAGCCCUCGCUUGCAGGUGCGGAGCGCAUCAGGGCCAUAGAUGAUGCAGACGGAACGUUCAAGGCUUUCGACACAUAUCCUUGGACCAAAGACAAAAACUUCCUGUCCGGGCUCUCGGCCAUCCUGGGCGACCCAAACACAUCGAACCCCCGCGGCGAGCCUGCAGAGCUGGCCCUCCACGCUCGCAUCUUUUAUUAUGCCCAGCGCGUCGGCGUGCGCAUAGACUUUGCCCAGUACAAGACCUGGCUCGAAGAUCACCCCAAGCACACGCCACCCGACAUCUUACCGGAGGAGUAUGCCCACCAGGCAACCACCGCAUCUCACUCUACCUCAGAGGCCGCAAAAGGAGACGCGCCGGCAGGGCCAGCAGCGGCACCAUCCGGCGUGCCGGCGUGGCAGUCCUCCGCCCCCAAAGCAGACCUCUAUGUCGACAAGUCCCAGCCCACUGCCGCUCCGGCUGCGCAGUCGGGGAGCGCCGACCAGCCCGCCUAUCCCAUGGGUUUCGCCGAGAUGCUGCAGAGGAUACAGCAGGGCCUGCCCAUCCCCGGGAUCGUUGAGAUCCCGGACACCGUUGUCAGAGAUCCCGCCGUGAAGCCUUUCGGCGCGAGAGCUGCGCCGAAGAAGCCAUGGGAGAAGAACCUUGACCCUGCGCCGGCCGCAGAGGGAGCACCGGCAGUAGUUGAUGCCAGCUUCCCACCACUUGACGCCUGA